GGAGUAGAGUACUAGACACGGCAUCCAAUUAUCUUGACAGUCACUAUAAAGUUAUUGCCCAAUCACAAAAAUUCAAAAGGUGGUUCUAAAUCAUCUCCGCCACUGUUUGCUCCGAACAAAUCUUUGUCAACAAUGCUCAAUUUCACUGGUGCCGCGCAAACAAGAAAAAGAAAUAGAGAUGAAAAGUUCACUCUUGCAGAUGUCAAUCGUGCCCGGAGAACACCAGUUUUGCCGAUUCAUCUACUUGUUGAAUGUGCCACUGGAUAUGCCCUUGUUCUUGCCCGUGACAUUACUGAAGUUGAUAUAAACAAGGUUGAAGCAGUAGAGGAGUACCUCAACCGUCCAGACCAGCCCUUUGAGCUCAAAGACUAUAUACGCUUUUCAUCCGGUGAAGAUGAUGACGCCAUCGACGCGCUUGUUGAAUUGAAUGCUAUAUUCAAUUCAACUAUGACCGACAAGCUAAGAGGCUUCAUUGAGAGAAAUUUUCCAAGACCAACCUAUCUUCGCUAUUCACUUGGAGUUUCUGAUGGGAUUCUGGGAGAAGAGAUCGUAACGAAAACCGGAGUAGGUUGCCGAUCUGCUAUUAUCCCUAAUGAUGUUAUGCGGGGUUUGCACGGAAAAAUUCACCAUUUCAUAGGCUUGGAGCGUGAAGCGUUGGAGAAGGCUCAAGUCAAUCUGGCGCGUCUUUACAUCAAUAAAAACCGUGCUGGAUUGAACACCCAAACUCCCUCCGUGCUUUCAUUAUCACAAGAACAGGACGGUGUUGUGCCACAUAAAUUUGAAGGAAUUUUUACUGUCAAGGGUAAAGAGAAUAUGUUCUGCACAAAGAAUAUAGUACCCGGUGAAGCUAUUUACGGUGAAACAUUAAUACAUCAUCAGAAUGAGGACAGAAGUGUAGUCGAGUACAGGGUGUGGGAUCCGCUUAAAUCGAAGUUCGGUGCUGCAAUCAUGGGUGGUGUUUCCAAUAUUUGGAUUAAACCCGGCGCUCGUGUUUUAUAUGUAGGAAAUGUGUGUGGACUUACGGUAUCUAAUUUGUCAGAUCUUGUUGGUUCGGAUGGUUUAGUCUAUCUGGUUGGGUUCUGUGAUGGCGAUGAUGUUGCAAGCAUGGCGGGGAAGAGGCCAAAUGUCGUGAAAAUUACCGUGAAAAUUACCGUGAAAUUUCCAUAUUCCCAUUGGCAUUAUCGGAUGCUUGUUGGCAUGGUUGAUGUGAUAUUUGCUGAGAUCGACCAUUGCCCUGAUCAUCCUCUUGGACAGGAGGAGUGGUGCUGGGAGAUGAAUUCUAUAGUUAAUAAUGCACAUUAUUAUCUUAGGACUGGUGGUCAUUACCUAAUUUGUUCACAGACAAAUGACAAUUCAGCUGGCCAUUUUAAAGAUCCUUGUACCCGUUAUGACAGUAGAAAGGAGUUUAAAUUAAUUGAAACAAUCAUGCUGGAUGGAGCAUAUGCCCUUUCUGUUGGUGGUUAUCGCACUUGACGUCGUCAUGAAUCCUUUUUGUUCUGAACCGUAUAUAUUUUGAAGAUGCUAAUGUGGUACAAACCGCAACUUAUUACACUAACAAUCAGUUUUACAUGAACAUAGCAUUGUCAAUUUGUCAAAACAAGUUGUGGCAUGCAACUGAAGGAACUGGCAUGUCUAUCUAGAAUUAAUCCAUUUAUGGUGUGCUAUAUGCUUUCGCCUCGACCAAUCAUGUAAAAUUACAUGAAUUUAGUUUUCUUUAUGGGGUAUUCUAAUUUAGUGA